UUCAUGCUGAUGCUAUGAAAAGAGAUAUUGUAUUCCUGCUGGAUGGUUCUGAUGGCACAAGGAGUGGAUUCCCAGCAUUGCGAGACUUUGUUCAAAGUGUAGUGGAUAAACUCUCUGUGGAGGAAAACAGAGAAAGAGUUUCUCUGGUUCAGUACUCUGACAAACCAGAGGCCCAUUUCUAUCUGAACUCGCACAAAACAAAGGAUGCCGUUAUUCACGCCAUAAGUAAUAUGAGGCACAAGGGUGGAAGGAGCCUAAACACUGGGGCAGCUCUCCAGUUUGUGAGACAUAACAUCUUUACUGCCUCCUCUGGCAGUAGACGACUGGAAGGUGUACCCCAGGUCCUGAUCCUUUUGACUAGCAAGAAAUCCAGAGAUGAUGUUACGGGCCCUGCUGUAGCUCUUAAAGAUCUGGAAAUUGUGUCAAUAGGGGUCGGAGUUGGGGACGCCAAUUUCCGUGAGUUGGAAAUAAUUUCCUUCCAACCCGGUUUCACAUUCCAGGUCUCUGAGUUGUCUGAGUUGCCCUCAAUCCAUCCACAGUUUGUUGCUCUUCUUAAAAGAAUGUCAAAAGACACAGAAGAAGCUGUGGCUCCUGUGACUCAUGGAAUUCCUGAUUUAGUAGUGGAUACGGAUACAGUGAGCAGCAAAAGGGACAUAGUGUUUCUCCUUGAUGGUUCAGACGACUCCAGAAAUGGAUUGCCUGCCAUCAGAGAGUUUAUACGAAGAAUGGCAAAUGAACUUGACAUCGAUGGGGACAAUGUUCGAGUUGCUGUUGUGCAAUACAGUGACGACGCUGCGGAGUACUUCCACCUGAAAGCUCACAAAACAAAAAGGGCUGUCAUCUACGCUGUUAGAAGCCUAAGGCAUAAAGGAGGAAGACCCCGCAACACCGGGGCAGCUCUUCAGUAUGUUAGGGACAAUGUUUUCACUGCUUCGUCCGGGAGUCGACAUCUGGAAGGGGUUCCUCAGAUUUUGUUUUUGUUAAUUGGUGGAGAGUCCAGUGAUGACGUCACAGCUGCUGCAUCUGAUCUCAAACGCCUUGGGGUUCUUUCGUUUGCCAUUGGGAUGAAAAAUGUCAGGCAAGAGGAGCUGCAGAGCAUUGCCUACUCUUCCAGAUUUAUUUUCAACCUACCAGUCUUUGGUGAACUUUUGUCCAUACAGCCAGAGAUCCUUGCCUUUGUCCAGUCAAAAAUGGGAAUUGAGCCCCCCACUAUUGUCGUUGAAUUAGAUGCUGCACAGAGAGACAUAGUGUUCCUAUUGGAUGGGUCUGAUGAUAGUAGGAGUGGAUUUCCAGCCAUGUGCGGAUUUGUUCAAAGAUUGGUGGAGAACCUCAAUGUUGGAGAGAACAAAGAUCGAGUUUCUGUGGUUCAGUACAGCAGAACUCCAGAGGCCCAUUUCUUACUGAACACAUAUCCAGAAAAACAAAGUGUUCUAGGUUCUAUUCGAAGCCUACAGCACAAAGGGGGUAGACCCCUCAACACCGGGGCAGCCCUCCAGUACGUAAAGGACAAUGUCUUUACUGCCUCCUCGGGAAGCAGAAGCCAAGAAGGCAUCCCUCAGAUACUGAUACUACUAAGUGGUGGCAAAUCUCAAGAUGAUGUUGGAAGUGCUGCUGCUGCUUUGAAACAGGGCAGAAUUGUACCAUUCAGUAUUGGUACGAGGAAUUCAGACAUUCUAGAGCUCCAAAUGAUCGCACAUAUUCCCUCCUAUGCCCUUUCUGUCCCUCGGUUUGAUGACCUUGAAAGCGUUCAACAGCAGCUUUUGUCAUUUGUUAAAAGGGUCCCUCGUCAGCCAAGAGUGUAUCAACCAACUGUAGUAGAUAACACUGAAUCCAAACAACUUGAUGUUGUAUUUUUACUGGAUGGCUCUGAUGAAACUCUAAAUGGAUUUGAGGCAAUGCGUGACUUUGUUCAAAGAGUAGUGGAGAAACUCACAGUGCAGGAGACUAGAGAUCAAGUCUCUGUGGUGCAGUAUAGCAAAGAACCAGAGGCCCACUUCUAUCUGAACACUUACACAACAAAGCAAGACAUUGUUGACGCUGUAAGACAACUGAGGCACAAAGGAGGGAUCACCCUCAACACUGGGGUAGCUCUCCAGUAUGUCAGGGAUAACAUCUUUACUGCCUCCUCCGGAAGUAGACGCCAAGAGGGCAUCCCUCAGAUUCUGGUUUUAUUGAGUGGGGGAAGGUCCAAUGAUGAUGUCAGAAAUGCAGUGAAAAACUUGAAAGCAAUUGAUGUGAUGGCAAUAGUGGUGGGGAUGAGGAAUGCUGAUACGCUUGAGCUUCAAACUAUUUCAGAUGAACCCAGCUAUGCUUUCUAUGCUCCAAAUUACAAUGAUCUCCCAAACAUUCAACAGCAAGUGUUCUCGGCUGUUCAGAGAGUUGCAAUAACUACUCCUGACUUGCCAACAACACUAAUAGAUGCAACAACGGACGACAGGAGGGACAUUGUAUUUUUACUUGAUGGUUCCGAUGAUUCCGGAAGAAUAUUCCCAGAUAUUCAAGACUUUAUGCAGAGAGUUGUGGAGAAACUCAAUGUAGAUGGGAACAAAGAUCAUGUGUCUGUGGUUCAGUACAGUGACACAGCAGAGAUGAAUUUCAACUUGGGUAUGCAUUCAACAAAAGAUGAUGUUCUUGAUGCUGUUCGAGGUCUGAGGCACAAAGGAGGAAGCCCUCUAAAUACUGGAGCAGCUCUCCAGUAUGUGAGGGAUAAUGUCUUUACUGCAUCCAGUGGAAGUAGAAGCCUGCAAGGUGUUCCACAGAUACUAAUACUGCUGAGCGGUGGAAGAUCUACUGAUGAUAUCAGAACUCCUGUCACAAAGCUCAAAGAAAUGGGAGUCAUUUCAAUCGGUAUUGGCACAGGAGAUGCAGACACACUUGAAUUGCAAACAAUAUCUCAUGAACCCAAUUAUGCUCUUUCCAUUACUGAUUUUGAAGACCCCACAAUUCAGAAAGAAUUGCUGUCAUUGUUAACAGAAGCAUCCCAUCAACCAGAGCCAGCUGCUCCUACCAUUCAUUUUGAAUCUGACAAAAAGGAUGUUGUAUUUCUCAUUGAUGGAUCUGACAACUCUAACACUGGUUUUGAGGGGAUUCGUCGCUUUGCAGAGAAAGUAGUGGAGAUUCUUAAUGUGGAGGAAAAUGGCGACCGGGUGGCCCUUGUUCAGUACAGUGGGAACGCCACACCCAAUUUCUAUCUGAAUUCAUACUCUUCUAAAAAUGACGUGCUUAAUUCAAUAAGAUCAAUGAGGCACACAGUUGGAAGACCUCUCAACACUGGCACAGCCCUGCAGUUUGUGAGAGACACCGUAUUUACAGCUUCAGCUGGAGGCAGACGUGCUGAGGGUGUGCCUCAAUAUCUAUUUGUCUUCAGUGGAGGGAGAUCUAGUGAUGAUAUAAUGGGACCAGCACAGUCAUUGAGAGGGGAUGGAGUAAGAACAUUUACCAUUGGAACAAGGAAUGCUGAUACGUUGGAGUUACAAAUGAUAUCUUUUAAACCAGGAGACUCUUUUUCUGUUUCCAAUUUUAACAACCUUGACAGCAUACACUCUUCAGUGACAGCUUUAAUAAAUGGUGUUCGGGAAACACCUGAAAUGUCAACUGUCAUUGACAAUUCCACUUUGUUGACAUCAGAUAUCCAGAGGGUGGAUGGGGUUGAUGUUGUAUUUCUACUUGAUGGAUCUGAUGAGAUGCAAAAAGGUGUCCAAUCAAUCUGUGAUUUCCUUGGUCAAUUUGUUGAACAUCUUGACAUCGGGCCAGACAAAGCACAAGUUGCUAUGAUCCAGUACAGUAACAAACCUACCACUCAUUUCCUAUUGAACACGUACUCAUCGAAGAUUGAUAUCAUGGCAGAAGUACGCAAUAUCAAUCUUGAAGGAGGAAGGUCCCGCAACACUGGGGAAGCUCUUGAUUAUGUAAAAAACAAUGUCUUUAAUACCUUCUCAGGAAGUAGACGCCAAGAGGGCAUCCCUCAGAUACUGAUACUGAUAAGUGGGGGAAAAUCACAAGAUGAUGUUCUGGUUCCAUCUGAGAGUCUGAAGGCAGAUGGAAUAGUGCUUUUGACUGUUGCGGUAAAAUAUGCAGAUGGAGCGGAGAUGCAGAGCAUUGCAUACAGUCCUAAUAAGGCAUAUUUGCUAAGAGAGUUUUCUGACCUUUCUCUUGUUAGACAACAGUUGCUCUCAGCAGUUGUCUCUCAUAAAGAUACAGUAAGACCGGGCUUAGUUCAAGGCUCCAGUGUGAAAAGAGACAUAGUUUUCCUCCUUGAUGGAUCUGAUGAUGUAAGGAGUAGAUUUACAGAUAUACGAGAGUUUGUUGCGAAAGUGGUGGAAAAGUUUGAUGUCGACAAGGGAAAAGAUCAAGUUGCUGUUCUGCAGUACAGCAACAGUGCAGCAGUGAACUUUAACCUGAAUGCGUACAAGACAAGAGAUGAUGUGCUUUCAGCAGUCAGAAAUCUGAGGCCAAAGGGUGGGAGGCCACUAUAUACUGGCACGGCCCUCCAGUUUGUGAAGGACAAUGUCUUUACUAAUAAUGCUGCAAGUCGACGUCAUGAAGGUGCUGAACAGAUCCUAGUGCUUCUGACUGGUGGCAGAUCUAGAGAUUCUCCUCGAGGUCCUUCCAGGGCCCUCAAGACUUUGGGGGUUGUAACAUUUGCUAUUGGAUCAAUGAUGACCGAUUUGGAAGAAAUGCAAUCAAUAUCAUCUCUUCCAAAUUAUACUUAUUCAGUCCAUGAUUUUGCAAACCUUCAAAACAUCCAGCAAAGUUUGGAGACAAAUCUUGCUCAAGUACGACCACAGGAGGUACCUAGAGUUGUGGAAAGUGAUGGAAGUAGGAGAGAUAUUGUGUUUCUUCUGGAUGGAUCAGAUAACACCAGAACAGGAUUCCCAGCUAUUCAGGAGUUCCUCCACAAAAUCAUUGAAAAUCUCAAUGUGGAACAAAAGAAUGACAGAGUGGCUGUGGUUCAGUUUAGUGACGGUGCAGUGGCAAACUUUUAUUUGAAUUCAUUUCUGAGAAAGAAUGACAUGUUGAACUCUGUGAGGGGCGUCUCACACAAAGGGGGAAGAGCCCUUAAUACUGGAGCAGCUCUUAAGUUUGUGAAAGAAAAUGUAUUCACAAGAUCCUCUGGGAGUAGACAAUUGGACGGUGUGAAACAAAUGCUCAUUCUCCUCAGUAGUGGACGGUCAAGAGACAAUGUGGAUGCACCAGCCUCUGCUCUCAAGGAGCUCGGGGUGUUAGUUUUUGUAAUUGGAACAAGGAGCUCUGACAGCAGAGAAUUACAGAAGAUAUCCUAUGACCCCAGUUAUGCCCUCUCCGUGUCGGAAUUUACUGACCUCCCCAACAUCCAACAGCAGCUUCUUUCUGCCAUGAACACUGCCGUUAUACAGGACACAACCAUGACACCAACACUAAUACCGACAAUAGUAGUUGAGAGUCAGGCUCCCAGGAGGGAUGUUGUGUUCUUGCUGGAUGGAUCUGAUGGCACUAGGAGUGGAUUCCCAUCCAUGCGUGACCUUGUUCAAAGAGUGGUGGAGACACUCAGUGUGGAUGAGAACAAAGAUCGCGUUGCGGUGGUCCAGUACAGUAGAGAUCCAGCCGCCCAAUUCUAUCUGAACACAUACACAACAAAGGGAGAGAUUCUCAACACUGUAAGAGGUCUGAGACACAAAGGCGGGAGACCUCUCAACACUGGAGCAGCUCUCCAGUACGUGAGGGACAAUGUCUUUACUGCCUCCUCCGGAAGCAGGCGCUUGGAAGGCGUUCCACAGCUACUGAUUCUGUUGAGUGGUGGAAGGUCCGUUGACAAUGUUGACGCGCCAGCCUCUGCUCUGAAGGAGCUUGGGGUACUGGUCUUUGGAAUUGGAACAAGGAGCUCUGAUAGCAGAGAAUUGCAGAGGAUAUCACAUGAUCCCAGUUACGCUCUGUCUGUCUCAGACUUUACUGACCUUCCGAACAUCCAGCAGCAACUUCUGUCCUCGGUGGAGGCAGUGGUUAUUGAUGUUACUCCAGAAUCACCAACAGUUUUAGUUGAUCAUGACCCCGCCAGAAAGGAUGUGGUAUUCCUUCUGGAUGGUUCUGAUGGCACAAGGAAUGGAUUCCCAGCAAUGCGUGAUUUUGUUCAGAGAGUAGUAGAGAAACUCAAUGUGGGAGGAGACAAAGACCGCGUUUCUGUGGUCCAGUACGGUAGAGAUCAAGAAGUUAAUUUCUAUCUGAACACAUACACCACGAAGGGCGACAUUCUUGACAUCGUCAGAGGUCUGAGGCACAGAGGAGGUAGACUCCUCAACACUGGGGCAGCCCUCCAGUAUGUAAGGGACAACGUCUUUACUGCUUCCUCAGGAAGCAGAAGCCAAGAAGGUGUCCCUCAGAUGCUGAUACUGCUGAGUGGCGGGAGGUCCAAUGAUAAUGUUGAUAUACCAGUUUCUGCCCUCAAAGAGAGUGGGGUCUUGAUCUUUGGCAUUGGAAACAGAAAUUCUAGCAAAGAGGUUCAAAGGAUUGCCUCUGACCCCAGUUAUUCCCAGUCUGUUUCUGAAUUCUCUGAUCUCCCCAGCGUCCAGGAUAAGUUUUUCUCCUCACUCAUUACUGUACACGAUGGCGCAACACCCAUUUCCCCAACAGUCAUAGUGGACCUAAGCGUCGCCAGAAAGGAUGUAGUAUUCUUGCUGGAUGGUUCUGAUGGCACAAGGAAUGGAUUCCCAGAAAUGCGUGACUUUGUUCAAAGAGUAGUGGAGAAACUCACUGUAGGGGAGAACAGAGAUCGAGUCUCUGUGGUACAGUAUAGCAGAGAACCAGAGGUCCACUUCUAUCUGAACACUUACACAAGAAAAGAAGAGGUUGUUGACACCGUAAAAGGGCUGAAGCACAAAGGAGGGAGAACCCUCAACACUGGAGCAGCUCUCCAGUAUGUCAGGGACUACGUCUUUGCAGCCUCCUCUGGAAGUAGGCGCCUUGAAAGUGUUCCACAGAUUCUGAUACUGCUAAAUGGUGGAAGGUCCUUUGACAAUGUAGAUAAACCCGCUUCUGCUCUCAAGGAGCUUGGUGUCUUGGUGUUUGGAAUUGGAACAAGGAGCUCUGAUAGCAGAGAGUUACAGAAGAUAUCCUAUGACCCCAGUUAUGCCCUCUCCGUGUCUGAAUUCACUGACCUCCCCAACAUCCAACAGCAGCUUAUUUCUGCCAUGAACACUGCCGUUAUACAGGACACAACCAUGACACCAACACUAAUACCAACAAUACUAGUUGAGAGUCAGGCUCCGAGGAGGGAUGUUGUGUUCUUGCUGGAUGGAUCUGAUGGCACUAGGCGUGGAUUCCCAUCCAUGCGUGACUUUGUUCAAAGAGUGGUGGAGACUCUCAGUGUGGAUGAGAACAAAGAUCGCGUUGCGGUGGUCCAGUACAGUAGAGAUCCAGCCGCCCAAUUCUAUCUGAACACAUACACAACAAAGGGAGAGAUUCUCAACACUGUAAGAGGUCUGAGACACAAAGGCGGGAGACCUCUCAACACUGGAGCAGCUCUCCAGUACGUGAGGGACAAUGUCUUUACUGCCUCCUCCGGAAGCAGGCGCUUGGAAGGCGUUCCACAGCUACUGAUUCUGUUGAGUGGUGGAAGGUCCGUUGACAAUGUUGACACGCCAGCCUCUGCUCUGAAGGAGCUUGGGGUUUUGGUCUUUGGAAUUGGAACAAGGAGCUCUGAUCGCAGAGAAUUGCAGAGGAUAUCACAUGAUCCCAGUUACGCUCUGUCUGUCUCAGACUUUACUGACCUUCCGAGCAUCCAGCAGCAACUUCUGUCCUCGGUGGAGGCAGUGGUUAUUGAUGUUACUCCAGAAUCACCAACAGUUUUAGUUGAUCAUGACCCCGCCAGAAAGGAUGUGGUAUUCCUUCUGGAUGGUUCUGAUGGCACAAGGAAUGGAUUCCCAGCAAUGCGUGAUUUUGUUCAGAGAGUAGUAGAGAAACUCAAUGUGGGAGGAGACAAAGACCGCGUUUCUGUUGUCCAGUACGGUAGAGAUCAAGAAGUUAAUUUCUAUCUGAACACAUACACCACGAAGGGCGACAUUCUUGACAUCGUCAGAGGUCUGAGGCACAGAGGAGGUAGACUCCUCAACACUGGGGCAGCCCUCCAGUAUGUAAGGGACAACGUCUUUACUGCCUCCUCAGGAAGCAGAAGCCAAGAAGGUGUCCCUCAGAUGCUGAUACUGCUGAGUGGCGGGAGGUCCAAUGAUAAUGUUGAUAUACCAGUUUCUGCCCUCAAAGAGAGUGGGGUCUUGAUCUUUGGCAUUGGAAACAGAAAUUCUAGCAAAGAGGUUCAAAGGAUUGCCUCUGAGCCCAGUUAUUCCCAGUCUGUUUCUGAAUUCUCAAAUCUCCCCAGCAUCCAGGAUAAGUUUUUAUCCUCACUCAUUACUGUACAUGUUGGCGCAACACCCAUUUCCACAACAGUCAUAGUGGACCUAAGCGUCGCCAGAAAGGAUGUAGUAUUCUUGCUGGAUGGUUCUGAUGGCACUAGGAAUGGCUUCCCAGAAAUGCGUGACUUUGUUCAAAGAGUAGUGGAGAAACUCACUGUAGGGGAGAACAGAGAUCGAGUCUCUGUGGUACAGUAUAGCAGAGAACCAGAGGUCCACUUCUAUCUGAACACUUACACAAGAAAAGAAGAGGUUGUUGACACCGUAAAAGGGCUGAAGCACAAAGGAGGGAGAACCCUCAACACUGGAGCAGCUCUCCAGUAUGUCAGGGACUACGUCUUUUCUGCGUCCUCUGGAAGUAGGCACCUUGAAAGUGUUCCACAGAUUCUUAUACUGCUAAAUGGUGGAAGGUCCUUUGACAAUGUAGAUAAACCCGCUUCUGCUCUCAAGGAGCUUGGUGUCUUGGUGUUUGGAAUUGGAACAAGGAGCUCUGAUAGCAGAGAGUUACAGAAGAUAUCCUAUGACCCCAGUUAUGCUCUCUCCAUGUCUGAAUUCACUGACCUCCCCAACAUCCAACAGCAGCUUCUUUCUGCCAUGAACACUGCCGUUAUACAGGACACAACCAUGACACCAACACUAAUACCAACAAUACUAGUUGAGAGUCAGGCUCCCAGGAGGGAUGUUGUGUUCUUGCUGGAUGGAUCUGAUGGCACUAGGAGUGGAUUCCCAUCCAUGCGUGACUUUGUUCAAAGAGUGGUGGAGACUCUCAGUGUGGAUGAGAACAAAGAUCGCGUUGCGGUGGUCCAGUACAGUAGAGAUCCAGCCGCCCAAUUCUAUCUGAACACAUACACAACAAAGGGAGAGAUUCUCAACACUGUAAGAGGUCUGAGACACAAAGGCGGGAGACCUCUCAACACUGGAGCAGCUCUCCAGUACGUGAGGGACAAUGUCUUUACUGCCUCCUCCGGAAGCAGGCGCUUGGAAGGCGUUCCACAGCUACUGAUUCUGUUGAGUGGUGGAAGGUCCGUGGACAAUGUUGACACGCCAGCCUCUGCUCUGAAGGAGCUUGGGGUUUUGGUCUUUGGAAUUGGAACAAGGAGCUCUGAUCGCAGAGAAUUGCAGAGGAUAUCACAUGAUCCCAGUUACGCUCUGUCUGUCUCAGACUUUACUGACCUUCCGAGCAUCCAGCAGCAACUUCUGUCCUCGGUGGAGGCAGUGGUUAUUGAUGUUACUCCAGAAUCACCAACAGUUUUAGUUGAUCAUGACACCGCCAGAAAUGAUGUGGUAUUCCUUCUGGAUGGUUCUGAUGGCACAAGGAAUGGAUUCCCAGAAAUGCGUGACUUUGUUCAAAGAGUAGUGGAGAAACUCACUGUAGGGGAGAACAGAGAUCGAGUCUCUGUGGUACAGUAUAGCAGAGAACCAGAGGUCCACUUCUAUCUGAACACUUACACAAGAAAAGAAGAGGUUGUUGACACCGUAAAAGGGCUGAAGCACAAAGGAGGGAGAACCCUCAACACUGGAGCAGCUCUCCAGUAUGUCAGGGACUACGUCUUUGCAGCCUCCUCUGGAAGUAGGCGCCUUGAAAGUGUUCCACAGAUUCUGAUACUGCUAAAUGGUGGAAGGUCCUUUGACAAUGUAGAUAAACCCGCUUCUGCUCUCAAGGAGCUUGGUGUCUUGGUGUUUGGAAUUGGAACAAGGAGCUCUGAUAGCAGAGAGUUACAGAAGAUAUCCUAUGACCCCAGUUAUGACCUCUCCGUGUCUGAAUUCACUGACCUCCCCAACAUCCAACAGCAGCUUAUUUCUGCCAUGAACACUGCCGUUAUACAGGACACAACCAUGACACCAACACUAAUACCAACAAUACUAGUUGAGAGUCAGGCUCCCAGGAGGGAUGUUGUGUUCUUGCUGGAUGGAUCUGAUGGCACUAGGCGUGGAUUCCCAUCCAUGCGUGACUUUGUUCAAAGAGUGGUGGAGACUCUCAGUGUGGAUGAGAACAAAGAUCGCGUUGCGGUGGUCCAGUACAGUAGAGAUCCAGCCGCCCAAUUCUAUCUGAACACAUACACAACAAAGGGAGAGAUUCUCAACACUGUAAGAGGUCUGAGACACAAAGGCGGGAGACCUCUCAACACUGGAGCAGCUCUCCAGUACGUGAGGGACAAUGUCUUUACUGCCUCCUCCGGAAGCAGGCGAUUGGAAGGCGUUCCACAGCUACUGAUUCUGUUGAGUGGUGGAAGGUCCGUUGACAAUGUUGACACGCCUGCCUCUGCUCUGAAGGAGCUUGGGGUUUUGGUCUUUGGAAUUGGAACAAGGAGCUCUGAUAGCAGAGAAUUGCAGAGGAUAUCACAUGAUCCCAGUUACGCUCUGUCUGUCUCAGACUUUACUGACCUUCCGAGCAUCCAGCAGCAACUUCUGUCCUCGGUGGAGGCAGUGGUUAUUGAUGUUACUCCAGAAUCACCAACAGUUUUAGUUGAUCAUGACACCGCCAGAAAGGAUGUGGUAUUCCUUCUGGAUGGUUCUGAUGGCACAAGGAAUGGAUUCCCAGAAAUGCGUGACUUUGUUCAAAGAGUAGUGGAGAAACUCACUGUAGGGGAGAACAGAGAUCGAGUCUCUGUGGUACAGUAUAGCAGAGAACCAGAGGUCCACUUCUAUCUGAACACUUACACAAGAAAAGAAGAGGUUGUUGACACCGUAAAAGGGCUGAAGCACAAAGGAGGGAGAACCCUCAACACUGGAGCAGCUCUCCAGUAUGUCAGGGACUACGUCUUUGCAGCCUCCUCUGGAUGUAGGCGCCUUGAAGGUGUUCCACAGAUUCUGAUACUGCUAAAUGGUGGAAGGUCCUUUGACAAUGUAGAUAAACCCGCUUCUGCUCUCAAGGAGCUUGGUGUCUUGGUGUUUGGAAUUGGAACAAGGAGCUCUGAUAGCAGAGAGUUACAGAAGAUAUCCUAUGACCCCAGUUAUGACCUCUCCGUGUCUGAAUUCACUGACCUCCCCAACAUCCAACAGCAGCUUAUUUCUGCCAUGAACACUGCCGUUAUACAGGACACAACCAUGACACCAACACUAAUACCAACAAUACUAGUUGAGAGUCAGGCUCCCAGGAGGGAUGUUGUGUUCUUGCUGGAUGGAUCUGAUGGCACUAGGAGUGGAUUCCCAUCCAUGCGUGACUUUGUUCAAAGAGUGGUGGAGACUCUCAGUGUGGAUGAGAACAAAGAUCGCGUUGCGGUGGUCCAGUACAGUAGAGAUCCAGCCGCCCAAUUCUAUCUGAACACAUACACAACAAAGGGAGAGAUUCUCAACACUGUAAGAGGUCUGAGACACAAAGGCGGGAGACCUCUCAACACUGGAGCAGCUCUCCAGUACGUGAGGGACAAUGUCUUUACUGCCUCCUCCGGAAGCAGGCGCUUGGAAGGCGUUCCACAGCUACUGAUUCUGUUGAGUGGUGGAAGGUCCGUUGACAAUGUUGACACGCCUGCCUCUGCUCUGAAGGAGCUUGGGGUUUUGGUCUUUGGAAUUGGAACAAGGAGCUCUGAUAGCAGAGAAUUGCAGAGGAUAUCACAUGAACCCAGUUACGCUCUGUCUGUCUCAGACUUUACUGACCUUCCGAGCAUCCAGCAGCAACUUCUGUCCUCGGUGGAGGCAGUGGUUAUUGGUGUUACUCCAGAAUCACCAACAGUUUUAGUUGAUCAUGACCCCGCCAGAAAGGAUGUGGUAUUCCUUCUGGAUGGUUCUGAUGGCACAAGGAAUGGAUUCCCAGCAAUGCGUGAUUUUGUUCAGAGAGUAGUAGAGAAAAUUAAUGUGGGAGGAGACAAAGACCGCGUUUCUGUGGUCCAGUACGGUAGAGAUCAAGAAGUUCAUUUCUAUCUGAACACAUACACCACGAAGGGUGACAUUCUUGACAUCGUCAGAGGUCUGAGGCACAGAGGAGGUAGACCCCUCAACACUGGGGCAGCCCUCCAGUAUGUAAGGGACAACGUCUUUACUGCCUCCUCAGGAAGCAGAAACCAAGAAGGUGUCCCUCAAAUGCUGAUACUGCUGAGUGGCGGGAGGUCCAAUGAUAAUGUUGAUACACCAGCCUCUGCUCUGAAAAAAAUAGGAGUUAUGAUAUUCAGUGUUGGAUCUCGAGCCUCAGACAUUAAUGAGUUACAACGCAUAUCCUUUGAUCCAAGUUAUGUUCUUUCAGUGUCUGAGUUCAGUGAUCUUCCAAACAUCCAAGAGCAGCUACUCACAAGAGUUGAAACUUUCAAUAUUAGUCUUAUGGGAGAAACUAUGAUGGGACAUAGAGAUGUUGUAUUUCUUCUGGAUGGUUCUGAUGGCACAAGGAAUGGAUUCCCAGCAAUGCGUGAUUUUGUACUCAAAGUAGUGGAGAAUCUCAAUGUGGGAGGAAAGAAAGACCGCAUUUCCGUGGUUCAGUAUAGUAGAAAUCAAGAGGUACAUUUCUAUCUGAACACAUACACCAAAAAGGAGGACAUUAUUGACAGCAUAAGACAUCUGAGGCACAAAGGUGGUAGACCCCUCAACACAGGGGCAGCACUCCAGUUCGUUAAAGACCACAUCUUUAAAGACACCUCUGGAGGCAGACGUUAUGAAGGUGUCCCUCAGAUAUUGAUUUUGCUGAGUGGUGGACAGUCAAAUGACGCUGUUAGCCAAGCUGCCUUUGAUAUGAAAGGUCAAGGAAUUCAGAGUGUUGGCAUUGCCAUCAGACAGGCCGACACUAGAGAAAUGCAGUCAAUUACGUCUGAUCCACAGCUCAUCCUUGUGGCACGAAACUUUUCAGAUCUGCCAGCAAUGCAUCUGGAGCUUUUAUCAUCAAUUGCUCAGGUUUCCAGUCCUGGUUUGAUAGUGCAAUCGCGGAUUGGACGACGUGAUGUUGUGUUCCUCAUCGACGGCUCAGAUAGGAGUCGGAGUGGGUUUCCUGCUAUGCGAGACUUUGUACGAAGAGUUGUGGAAAACCUUGACGUUGCCGAAGACAGAGACAGAGUAGCAGUGAGCCAGUUCAGCAGUGACGCUGUAGUGUACUUCUACUUGAGUUCCUUUUCAUCCAAGGACACUGUCAUCAGCAAGAUACGAUCAUUAAGACAUAAGGGAGGAAAAUCACGCAACACUGAGACAGCUCUACAGUAUGUUAAGGACAAUGUCUUUAGCACCAUCUCUGGAAGCCGACAUCUUGAAGGUGUUCCACAAGUACUGAUACUGCUCACAGGAGGACCCUCCAGUGAUAGUGCUAGGCAGCCGGCUUCAACACUUAAAGAUCUUGGCAUUUUGAGCUUAAGUAUUGGCACAGACUCAGUUGGUCUUCCCACCACUGCUCAUAAUUUUGUUUUUCCAAUCACUGACUUUGGAGAGCUUCCAGACAUCUUAUUAGAUGUACUGUUCACUUUAAAGCAUACCACUCGUAUUGCUGAGUCUCAGGGUCCCAAGAAGGAUAUCGUCUUCCUUGUUGAUGGCUCAGAUGGCGUCGGAAGGGAGUUCCCCAUCAUCCAGGAGUUCAUCAGCUCAAUCGUGAAGGACCUCAACGUGGGAGAGAACAAGAUCAGGAUUGGUGUGGUGCAGUAUGGCGACUCCCCCAAUGCAGAUAUCUACCUAAACUCCCACACAACCAAGGAGGGUGUUAUGAAUGCUGUCAAGGGACUGAGGCAGCGAGGCGGCCGGGAACGUAACCUGGGUCAGGCAGUGGAGUUUGUCAGCAGUGAAGUGCUGAAUGUUCGACGUGGCGGCAGGAAGGAGGAGGGUGUUCCACAGUUCCUGAUUGUCGUUUCUGGUGGAAGGUCCACAGAUGAUAUCCGUCGACCUGCGACCUCACUGAAGAAGUCAGGCGUUUUGCCCUUCAGCAUCGGGACCAGAGAUGUAAACUCUCAGGAGCUUCAGGUUGUUUCCUAUGUUCCCAACUUUGCAUACACUGUGGAUGACCUCCCUGGCCUGUACACAGUCCAGGACAAACUGAUCUCCACGCUCACAGAGAUGUCCGAUGACGACAUUGCCAGGCUACGUCCUGUUUUCCCAACUCCGGAUGUCAUAGUACCCACUGGCGGAGAAAAGAGGGAUGUGGUGUUCCUCAUUGACGGCACAACAGCUGUGCGCAGCGAGUUCCCCGCCAUCCGUGACAUGAUCGGGAGAGUCGUGGAAAAGCUGGACGUGGGUCUGGAUCGGGUGAGGGUGUCAGUGGUGCAGUACAGCGACGAUGCCAGAACGGAGUUCCUCUUGAACGAGCACUCCACCAAAGACGAGGUCCGACAAGCCACGAGGAAGAUUCAGAGCAGGGGUGGAAACCGUCUAAACACUGGCCGUGCCCUCGAUUGGGUCUCCAAGAACAUCUAUCAGAGAUCAGCCGGUAGCCGCAUUGAGGAGGGUGUGCCUCAGUUCCUCAUUCUAGUCACGGGGGGAAAGUCCAACGACGACGUCUCUGGACCAGCCAACCAGCUGAAGACCAACCUGGUUGCCCCUCUUGCCAUCGGGGCAAAGAAUGCCGACCCCAACGAACUGAGGCAGAUCUCCCUGAAGCCAGAAUUCGCCUACUCCAUUAACAACUUUGGCCAGCUUCCAACAGUGGAGCAGCAGCUUAUUGCUUCAGUCAACACCAUGACCACCACUGACAUCUCCAGUAGUUUUGUCCCUCCUGUUUUGGAUAUUGCUAACCUCAACAUGGGGAGGAAGGACAUCAUCUUCCUCAUAGACGGCUCGGACACCACAGGGUCCAGUGGCAUCGCCCACAUCCGUGACUUCAUCCUCAACAUCGUUCAGCAGCUGGAUGUGCAACCUGACCAGGUUCGGGUCGCUGUUGUCCAAUACUCUGACAAGGUCAAGACGGAUUUCUCUCUCAAUUCCCACAACAACAAGCCAGCUGUGCUCUCUGCCAUCAAAAGACUACGCCAGCAGGGUGGCAGAUCGUCCGAUCUAGCCAAAGCCAUCGAGUAUGUGAUCAGGAACGAGCUGAAAUCCUCAGCGGGUGUCCGGCUUGCGGAGGCCUCCCAGCAUCUAGUGGUCCUCACCGGCGGGAGGUCCCCCACUGACGUGUCUGUGUAUGGCCCUCUGCUCAAAGGCUCUCGGGUCAACUGCAUUGGCAUUGGGGCUGGCGGAGCAGACUCCAGGCAGCUCAACCAGAUUGCCACCAGCUCUGCCGAUGUUCUUCAGGUACCUACUUUCCCCGGCUUGCCUACCAUUAAGGAGAGGUUCAUUGCCAGGCUCAAUGGGACAAUCCCAGAGGAGGCCCCUACAGAAAUUGAUGACCCAACUUCAGGACUCCCGAAAGCCAAGGCUGCUGACAUCGUGUUCUUGGUGGAUGGCUCCAUCAACCUUGGCAAGGACAACUUCAAGGAAGUGAUGGAGUUUAUCCUGAACCUUGUAGACCUCUUCUUCACCGAGCGUGACAACCUGCAGAUUGGCCUGGCCCACUAUGCCACUGACGUCACCGACGUCUUCUACCUCAACACCUACAAGACCAAGGAUGACAUCAUCAACGCCCUUAGUCGCACAGAGUACAAGGGUGGCCGCAGGAUCAACACGGGUGCUGCCAUUCGCCACGUGCAGGAGAACCACUUCAUCAAAGAUAAAGGCAGCAGGAAGGAUGAGGGCAUCCCCCAGAUCCUGAUGAUCGUCACUGGCGGAAAGUCAUCCGACGAUGGCAAGACUGCCGCUCUGGGGUUGAAGGCCACCGGUGUCCGUAUCUACGCCGUUGGCGUGGGCGACAUUGAGGACGAGUUGAACAACCUGGCAAGCGAGGCCUCCACGGUGGCCAGGGCGAGCACGUUCAUGGAGCUCUCUGAGCUCAACGAGCAGAUCUUGGAAACAUUGGACGACGAGGUGAAGGGCAUCAAGCUGUGCACUGGCGUGAGCCAGGAACCCUCAAAAGCCUGCAGUCUGGAGGUGUUGGUGGGCUUCGACGUGUCCUCGCAGAACAUCUUCCAGGCCCAGAGGAUCCUGGAGUCCAAGAUGGGUGCCAUCCUCCAGAGGAUCACCAAGAUGACGGGCAUCAGUUGCUCAUCGGGACAGAUCCCCUCGAUCCAGGUGGGCAUCCUGGCCAUGGAUAGCGCCUCGGAACCUGUCCACUUGGAGUUCACGGACAACGCCGACAUGCUGUUUGAGGCAUUCCGGGCCCUGCGCAAUCGCGGCCCCUAUGUCCUCAAUGCCAAGACCAUUUCCGCAUACGGUUCGAUGUUCAAAAGCCGAGCCACAGACGCAGUCAAGGUUGUGAUCCAUCUGACUGACGGUCUGGAUGGCCAGUAUAACGAAAUGAAGAGAGGAGUUGAAGAACUUAAGAUUUCAGGUGUGAACAGCUUCAUCCUGGUGGGUCUGGAGCGGGUACCCAGGUUUGAGGAGGCUGUGCUGCUGGAGUUUGGCCGAGGCUUCAGGUACACCAGACCCCUCCGAGUCAAUGUCAUGGACCUGGACUACGAGCUUCUGGAGGAACUGGACAACAUUGCUGAGAGGGAGUGCUGUGCAGUGCCAUGUAAAUGCACCGGCACAAGGGGAGACCGAGGAGCAGUCGGGCUUGGAGGAUCCAAGGGCAGCCCAGGUGGAGCAGGCGGAGCAGGACAUCCCGGAGAUGAGGGAGGACCCGGAGACAGAGGUCCUCCUGGUGUCAAUGGAACGCAAGGUUUCCAGGGCUGUCCUGGACAGAGGGGCAUCAAGGGUGGUCGUGGAUACUCUGGAGAAAAGGGGGAAUAUGGAGAGAUCGGCCUGGAUGGCAUAAACGGAGAAGAGGGCAAGAGUGGAGUCGCUGGACCCCCAGGAGACAGAGGGCACUCUGGGAGAAGGGGACCCAAAGGAACUAAAGGACAUGCAGGAGACAUCGGGGAUACAGGAAUCAGAGGAGAUCCUGGAACCACAGGUCAAGAUAACAAUGUGGCUGGACCUAAAGGAGACCCAGGCGAUGUCGGCCCAGUGGGAGAGCCAGGGGAGGAUGGUAAGAAGGGAGGCCCCGGUGAACCAGGCAGGACGGGUUCUGAUGGUAGAAGAGGCCCACCUGGACAAGCUGGAACCCCUGGCAAACCCGGAGGCGAUGGUGUGCAGGGAGAGCCUGGUAUUGGAGGAUCCAGAGGCCAAGCUGGACCAAUCGGUGCACCUGGAACCAGAGGUGAGGACGGAAACCCUGGACCAAGGGGUCCAGGAGGAGCCCAGGGAACCCCCGGAGACAAGGGCAGGAGAGGAGCUCUGGGUCGCAAGGGUGAGCCAGGAGAGCCCGGACCAAAAGGCAUCGUGGGACCUCUGGGACCUCGUGGUGAGCCUGGCGAAGAUGGUCGAGAUGGAUUUGGUAUCGCAGGGCCCAAAGGAAGAAAGGGUGAUGAGGGCUUCCCGGGAUUCCCAGGACCAAAGGGGGCGGCAGGUGAUGGAGGAAACAAUGGCGGACCAGGACCCAUAGGAAACCGUGGCCAGAGGGGUGUUUCAGGUGAAAUCGGUACUCCGGGUCAAAAGGGAGAGGUUGGAUACCCCGGGCCUUAUGGCCAGAAAGGACCGAGAGGACCUGGCGUUGUGCAAUGUGACCUUGUGAAGAAAAUCAGAGACAACUGUCCUUGCUGCUAUGGUCAACAGGAGUGCCCUCUCUACCCCACUGAGCUAGCCUUCGCCCUGGACGCCUCAGACGGAGUGGGUCGGCCCGCCUUCAACAACAUGCGUGACGCUGUGCUCCGCCUGGUCGGCAACAUCACCAUCUCCGAGAGCAAUUGCCCACGCGGUGCCCGCGUGGCCCUCACCCUCUACAACAACGAGGUGACCACCGAGAUCCGCUUUGCCGAUGCACUGAAGCGCCGCUCCCUGGUGCAGCGUGUGGAAGGCUUGCAGGCAUUACAGACGCGCAAACAGCGCAGCCUGGAGACAGCCAUGAACUUCCUGGCACAGAACACCUUCAAGAGGGUGCGCAGCGGCUUCCUCAUGAGGAAGGUCGCCAUAUUCUUUGUCAACGGGCCAGUGAAGGAUCAGCGGGCAGUCAGCGCCGCGGCCCUCCGUCUCUAUGACUCUGGCAUCGCCUCAGUGUUUCUGGUCAACAAAGAGGAUGGCCAGCUUACCAGAGCCCUGAAGAUGAACAACACGGGGUCAGCACUGGGUCAGGUGAUCGUACUGCCUAAUCCCGGAAGUGCACAGUACAACUCGGCUAUCCAAAAGGUCAUGAGCUGCCACAUCUGCCUAGACUCCUGUGCUCCAGACCAAAUGUGUGACUACGUCCCCCCUCAGCAGUCGAGAGACAGGAGGUCCUCCACCACCGACGUGGACAUUGACAUGGCCUUCGUCAUGGACAGCUCCGAGACCACCUACCCCACUGUCUUCACCGAGAUUAAACGCUAUGUUGCUCACAUUGUAGAGCAACUUGAAGUCUCGUCAGACCCUAUGGCAUCCAUCCACCACGCCCGUGUGGCUGUGAUCCAGCAGGCACCCUACGAGUUCCUGCGCAACAGCAGCGGCUCGCCGAUCCGCGUGGACGUGGGUCUGACCGACCACCGCUCGGCCCAAGACAUCCGCAACUUCCUCCUGGACAAAACGCCCCAACUGGAGGGUGGGCGGGCGCUGGCGGCAGCCAUCGAGCACACGGUGGAGCAGGUGUUUGAAAGGGCGCCCCACCAGCGUGACCUCAAGAUGCUGACAUUGUUCGUGACAGGCCCAGUGGAGGAGGAUGAGGAGCGGCUGGUUGCCGUGGCCACCGAUGCCAAGUGCAAGGGCUAUUUCUUGGUCAUCCUGGGCGUUGGCGAGAAACUUAGUGCUGGGGACGCCCGCGUGAUGAUGCGCAUGGCCAGUGAGCCCUCCGACGUCUUCUUCAAGAGGCUGACCAGCACCUCACACUUCUACGACAAGCACAUUCAGAACUUUGGCCGACUGCUGCCCAAGUAUCUCAGCAUUGAGAACGCUUUCUACAUGUCCCCCGAAGUCUCCAAAAACUGUCAUUGGUACCAGAGUGACCAGCCAUUCCCCAAGUUCCCCUUCCCCAAAUCACACCACAGCCAAGAGAAACAUCAAAAACACCAUGAAAAUCACCAGGCAGUCCAUCCAAGAAAGCACAAAGACCAAGAGGAGUUGCACGUAACCAACACCACUUCCAGUGGCCUGACCCUGCACUGGGCCAGCCCAGACCCCAAGCUCAUAGCCUACUUCGAGGUGGUGGUGACGCGCCUGCGCGACCACACACUGGUGCUGAGGAGGAAUGUGACAGGCACGGAGCUCACUGUAGGCGGCCUGGAGAGCGCCCAGACCUACCACGCCGUGGUGACCACACGCACCGCCCAGGGCCACGUUGCGGCCACACACAAAGGCAUUAUUACCACCAAAGCAGCAGCAGAGCAUAAGAUCGCUGCUCCCAUGGAGGUGACUGGUAUCAUAGCCACUACACCACUGGACAAACCAGAGAUUGCUAACGAGCUCACAGACCCAUGCUCUCUUGACUUUGACCCUGGAUUGGCGUGCAAAAACCAUCAGGCUAAGUGGUUCUUUGACAGAAAGAAUGGGAUCUGUACCCAGUUCUGGUAUGGUGGUUGUGAAGGCAAUGGCAAUAGGUUCGAGACUGAAGCCCAGUGCUUGAAACGCUGCAUGAGGUCAGAACCUGAGCAACAAGUGGAACAGCUUCAGACUGAGAUCCUUUCAGCUCCCGCGGCCUUGACAGGAGUGGAAAUCUGUCAGCUCCCCAAAGAGGAAGGCGCAUGCGCAAAGUUUGUUCUCAAGUGGCACUACGAAGCACUCAGCAAGAGCUGCACACGCUUCUGGUACGGAGGCUGUGGCGGCAACCAGAAUCGCUUCGAAACUCAAGAGGAGUGUGAGAAGGCCUGUGGAAAAGCAGCUCUGCCUGGAGGGCAAAAGGCAUGGGAUUGGUUGGAUGAAAGCCGCGCAAACCCCGAGCGGCACUCACAGCGACGAGUGAGAAUGAAAGGAAAGAGAAGAAAAGGCUCGCUAGGUGCACCUGUCAACCAAGGAGUCAUUGCCGCAAUACGAACAUAGGAGGACAUUGAUUCAUUGUCAACAUAUUCCUCUUCUGAGAUUCGGAAGAAAACCAAUUCAAAUGGCAAAAGAAAAGCUAUACCAAAGGAAAGGUGGCUGCACUGGAUUCCAUGAACAGGAUUUGAUCAAAAACAAUCUUGAAGUAGUCUUUUUCACAAAAUGAAAGCAACACAAUUUGCUGCAUGAUUUCUCCUACUGGUGCUACAUAGUGUUUUUUAGUUCUCUGAUGGAGUUGCAGAGUACAUCCAGUGUUUGUAAUGUAAAACAUUCUGCAACAGUUACACCAUAUGUUUAACAUAAAAUAAUAAACUCAUGAGAAUAAGGUUUUAUAAUUAAAA